AUGCCUUCGCCCACCCGCAUUCAUAAACGCCGCUUCUAUGGGGAAGAUGCCCAUACCUAUUACCCGGUUCUCAUUAUCGGCGCGGGGGAGUCGGGCGUGGCGAUGGGUUGUCGUUUGAAAGAGGCCUUGGGCUUCGAUCAAUUCCGGAUCUUUGAGCGACAGUCGGGGAUUGGGGGUACGUGGUGGAUCAACCGCUAUCCUGGAGCUGCCUGCGACAUUCCGGCAAUGCUUUACUCGUUCUCUUUCUCUCCUAAAACUGAUUGGUCGACCCUUCAUCCUCCUGGAGCGGAACUUGCUCAAUACUUUGCAGAUGUCUGCGAGAAAUACCAAAUCGUCGACAAGAUCCAGUUUCACACCGAUGUCCAACAUCUUCGAUGGCUUGAAGACGAAGAGGAAUGGGAGGUUACUCUGUCAUACCUUGCUCCAGGCACAGGUGAUCUAUCAUCCUACGAGCGGGAGCAACUCGCUGCCAAAGAGGGCGCUCAUCGGGUAUACAUCAAGACUGAGGUUGUACGCGCCAAAAUCGUUGUCAGUGGCGUGGGAGGGCUAGUCGAGCCUAAGAUUUGGCCUGCGAAUGUCCCGGGGAUCGAUAAAUUCCAAGGGCAAGUGAUGCACACAGCUCGCUGGGAUGAUAAGGUUGAUCUACGUGACAAAGAUGUUGUCGUCAUUGGGUCAGGUUGCAGUUCUGCCCAGGUGGUUCCAGAGAUCGCGAAGCCAGAAGCCCACGUACGCUCGGUCACCCAGUUGAUGCGAACUCCGCCAUGGGUGCAGCCAGACCUUCUCCCUCCAACUUAUCUUCGGUGGUACGAAAAAUGGAUGCCAACGUUGCUGACGCGCGUGCCGGGGCUGGGACGCCUUUUCCGGGCCUACAUUUUCUGGAGGGCAGAACAUGGCUUUUUGACCAUGUUCGCCGACACGGCAUAUUCUCGCCGAAAGAAGCCAGGAAUCGAGAAAAGGUUCCUGGAGAAUAUGCGCAAACACGCACCCAAAGAAUACCACGAAAUGCUUACCCCAAACUAUCCUCUCGGAUGUAAGCGACGGGUGGUCGACAACGCAUGGUACAAGAGUUUGAACGCUCCCCAUGUUGAGUUGAGCACCCAGCCUUUGACCCAGGUUCAUCCAAGGAGUGUCACUAUAGGGCCGGGGCAUCUUUACCCUAAGAAUGCCGAUAGCCCUGAGCGAGAGAUUCCCGCAGAUGUGAUCAUUCUAGGCAAUGGGUUUGAGACGAACCAGUGGCUACACCCACUCAAGGUCACCGGUAGAGGUAAUAAGGAUAUCAAUGAGGUGUGGGAAGAACGCGGUGGCGCACAGGCAUAUCUGGGUAUCGCUAUGGAUCAUUUCCCCAAUUUCUUCAUGUUGUUUGGCCCAAACACAGGGACUGGGCAUACCAGUGUGAUCUUUGCGACAGAGAAUGCCGUCGAGUUUUCUCUCCGGUUCAUCAAACCCAUUCUGGAGGGCCAUGUGAGUGCAUAUGAGGUCAAAGAGGAAGCAGAAAUAUCAUGGACAAAGCAGAUACAGAAUCAGCUGCAGAAGACCGUUUUCCGUCGUGGGGGGUGCUCAAGCUGGUAUAUCACCGCGGACGGCUGGAAUUCGUCCACCUAUCCGUACUCUCAGCUCCAUUACUGGUAUAGGUGCGCUUUCCCCGUAUGGGGUGACUGGUCUGCCAAAUUGACCCGAAAGGGAGUCAGUCAUCAGCGGGUUUCCCGGGUACUUCGACUACUUGUACUUGGCAGCUUUCUCUUCGGUGUGCAAUGGCUUCGGAAGAAGCCCCAGUAUGCGCUGCAAGUGGUACAGUUGCUCGGCUCUUGGAAGGAACAGCUUUUCUCGAGGCUUAGGUUUUUCUGA